AUGUUGGAGGAGCAGGCCACCAAGGUGAAGAUGACAUGGGUGGUGAUCGUGGCGGGCAUGUCGGCCAUGCUGGCCGCCGUGGCCACGGACCACUGGGCCGUGCUCAGCCCCCGAGUGGAAAAGCUCAACGCCACCUGCCAGGCUGUUCACUUUGGCCUCUGGAGGCUGUGCAAGAAAAACAUCUUCAUGGUGGAGGAGGACCCGCAGGGCAAAGGCUGCGGCCCCAUCGGCCUGCCCGGAGCCAAGAACUGCUCCUACUUCAAACACUUCACAUCAGGAGAAGAGGCGGAAGUUUUUGAAGUCAAGACUCAGAAGGAGUACAACAUCUCGGCGGCGGCCAUCGCCAUUUUCAGCCUGUUCUUCAUGAUCCUGGGGACCUUGUGCCUCAUCUGCUCCUUCGGGAAGGCCCGCGACUACCUGCUGAGGCCCGCCGGCAUGUUCUUCGCCUUUGCAGGCCUGUGCAUCGUCAUCUCGGUGGAAGUCAUGCGUCAGUCGGUCAAGCGGAUGAUCGCCAGUGACGAGACCAUCUGGAUCGAGUACUACUACUCGUGGUCCUUUGCGUGCGCUUGCGCCUCCUUCACCCUCCUCAUCCUUAGUGGCGUGGCCCUGCUCCUCAUCUCCAUGCCCCAAAUGCCCCGAAACCCCUGGGAGACCUGCAUGGACGCUGAGCCCGACACCUUGGAUUAGCU